AUGCCAGGCAGGCGGGCGACUUGUCCCCCUUCGCUUGGGACAGCUGUCCUGUCUCGGGGGGUUCUCCAAGUGUGCCAGGUCCAGACCACCCGGAAAAAACUCAUUCGGCCUUCGGUGGCAGAAGCGUCUUUACCAGGGCCACAGGCGCACUCCUGUCUGGGGCAUGAAGGGACCUCGGGCCCUUUCGGAAGGGGGCCUGGCAGAGACCGAACGGUCCCCGCGGUAAGAAGUUUCCGCGGCUCUGCCCCACUCGCCCAAGGAGGCCCUCGCCCCCAGAGCACACCCCUUACACGAGUCUCCCCGCUGCGGCUCCCCGGAUCGGCUCCCCAGAGCACCACCGACCCCCAGAGCGGGCCCUGCACCUCCGUCCCGCCCCGCAGGAGAGCCUUCCUCCUAAGCCAGCCCGAACGGCGCUGGGUGGGCGUGCCCGGACCGGGACCGGCGCCCCCCGCUCCCCGAGCGAUCCUCCCGGCUCUCGGGGGCUGGGAGCUCCUCCUCGCCCCGGCGCCCUGCGCGGGCCCGCGCCGGCCCAGGGGGCCCGGGUCCCAGCCAGGCUACGACUCUCACCGGCUCUGUGACCUUGGGCAAGUCACUGCCCGGCGGCAGCCUCAGUUUCCCCCUCUGCCCAGCGGGGACCGGGAGAGCUCCCGCGCUGCCCGCCCGAGGGGAGGGGCUGCCCCGGGGGAAACGCUUUGUGAACCGCUCGGCGCGGCGGGGACGCCCGGCUCCCAGGGCUCCCGGCCGGACGAGGCUCCCCCGCCCGCGCUCCGCCCCUCGGCGGGGCCGCGCUGCUGGACCGCACGCCCUUGGCCGCCGCCCGCGCGAGCCCCCCACGGCCCUCCCGCCCGGCCCGCUCCCGCCCCCGUACCUGCUCCCGGCGCUCGGCCGCAGGCGCCGCCACCCUGCGCGCCCGCCCGGAGAGGCCCGGGGCCCGGAGGGCUGAGGCGGCCGACGGCGGCGGGCUCGGGCCGGGGCGGCGGCGGGGGGCGCGGGCGGCGCGGGGGCCCGAGCUCGGCGGGGCCCGGCCUGGGAGACGACGACGAGGGCUGGAAGUGCGCGGCGGCCGCGGCUGCUGAGGCGGUGGCGGCGGCGACCGCGGCGGCAGCGCUUCCGCUCAUGGCGGGCCCGCGGGCAGCGGCCCCGGCGGCGCCUCGACUCUGGCGCGGCGGGCGCUGGCUGGGCCCGGGCCAGAAGCUGCAGCGGCUGUGGCGCUGA